ACUGUUCGUAAAAAAGAAUAACAGUGGAUAUCUGUAUAGCCUAACUCAAGUUUAUCAUGUCUAACGCACAGCAAAACAGCCUAAAUGGACUGCAAAUCCAAUCAACGGCUGGAGCAGUUCCAGUUCGAAAUAAAAAAGGUGAAAUUGUUAUGGAAAAAGUUAAAGUUACAAGAUAUGUCACUGGAAAGCGACCCGAUUUUGCUGCUCUAUCUUCAAGCGAAGGAGAAGAGGAGGAAGAAGAGGAAAAGAAUGAAGAACCAAAUCGUGAACCAGUUCAACAGAGCAAAAGCCUUACAAAAGAAAUAAAUCAAGAAAAUGAAGAUGAGGAGGAUGAGACAGAGAGAGUACGACGAUUAAAUAGGGCUCGCCAUCGAGUUAUUGCUGAACCAGAAAUAUUGGAUAGAUCAUCUGAAGAAGAAGAGUCUGAAGGCGAACUGAAAGACACAAAAGCAGCUGUAAGGGUAAUUCAAAGUGAGGAUGAAGAAGAAGAUGAAGAAGAACCAGACGAAGAUGAAAUAGAGAGGCGAAGAGCUGCUAUGAGGGCAAAAGCAAGAGCUCAACAGCGUCAAGAUGAAUUAAUGGAAAAGUCUGAAGCUAAAGAGAAAUACAGUGACGACGAAGAAAGUGAAUAUGAAGAAUAUACUGAUUCAUCUGAAGAGGAAGAGGACGAUUUACCUAGGCUUCGUCCAGUUUUCGUAAAAAAAAACGAUCGUGCUACAGUUAGUGAAAGAGAAGCUGAAGAAAAACGACUUGAAACUUUGGAACGUCAACAAAGAAAUCAAGCUGAAGCUCAACGACGAGAAACACUCCGCCAAAUUGAGGCGGAACGUAAAAGAGAACUUGAAGAGGAAGCGGCUAAAUCAGCUGGUCUUCAACCAUUGGAAGCUAUUAUUACAGACGACGAAGAGGGCGACGAAGAAGAAUAUGAAUCAUGGAAAGUAAGAGAAUUGAAACGAAUCAAGCGUGAGAGAGAUCAACGUGAAGAAGCUCAGAGAGAGAUGGCCGAAGUGGAGAGACGACGCAAUUUGACGGAAGAACAAAGACAGAAGGAAUUGAAAGAAAAUCCAAAACUUAUUACGAAUCAACAAGAGAGAGGAAAGUACAAAUUUAUGCAAAAGUACUACCACAGAGGAGUGUUCUAUCUCGACGAAGACAAUGACGUUCUUAAAAGAAAUUUUGCGGAACCUACACUGGAAGAUCACUUUGACAAAACUGUUUUACCAAAAGUUAUGCAGGUCAAGGACUUUGGUCGUUCAGGAAGAACAAAAUAUACUCAUUUAGUCGAUCAAGAUACUACUCAAUUCGAUUCUCCGUGGGUAGCUGAUUCGGCGACAAAUCAGAAAUUCCACAGCUCAAAAGGCGGAGGAAUGAAACAAGUUUUUAAAAGACCUUCCAAGAAAAAGGAUAAGAACGACUGA